AUGGUUACUACGGAUGGAAAUACACUUUUCACCAGCGUCCCCCUACUGGAGACCAUUGCGAUUAGUCGUCAAACUAUGGAAGGAAAGAACAUUCACGUUGGACUACCAGCGGAGGAGCUGGAAAGGCUUUUGUUGCCAUGUGCCCAUACCGUGAAGUUCUCCUUCCUAGAUGAACGAUAUCAACAGCUAGACGGAGUCGCUAUGGGAAGUCAUCUGGAGCCCAUUCUUGCGGACAUUUUCGUCGGAUAUCUGGAACAUCAAUUGAGAGACGAAAUCAAAAAGCUGGACCUAUACUGCCGGUAUGUUGAUAAUGUAUUUAUCAUUUAUGAUGCAAAAGAAAGACAGGGAGAGAUUAUUUGA